UUAAUUUUAUACUUUACUUGAUGAAAACAAAGUUUUUAUGUGCUGUGCAAAUGGUUCCUCCGUGUGGUCUGACAGUGGUUUUUGUCAUCCUUUUCUUUUUUAAUUAAAAAAAAAAUCCCAGAAGAGGGGGAAAAAUAAACAUCAAAAGCUGAUGUUUUAUGUGGAAGACAUAAAUUCAGAGCUUACCUGAAAGUGUAGGUAGGAUUUUUGUUUUUGGUUUUUUUGUUUGUUUGUUUGUUUUUUAAGCAGAAAACCCAAUGUCAAGAAGUGGGCAACCAGAAGUGGAAGAAAUCCAUCUUCCUCAGUCAUUAAGCUACGUCUUCUUUCCUUUUUCUUUCUUGGUUAAACCUACUGGGUUGUUUUUUUUUUUAUAUUUUAUGUUUUCUUAGAAAUAUUUAGGUAAGGUUUAUCUUGAAUCUUAAUUGCCUUAAUUUUAAGGACGUCAAAGGCUCUCGAGGCACACUAUCAACGUCUUGUUAAAAAAUUCAAGAAAGAUUUGAAAUAUUGUGCCAGUUUUCACUAGCACAGAAGAUGAAGACUGUGUUUUUAGGGUGGAAAAAAAAAGAAAACUGUACAGUUUAAAAGAAAAUGUUUUUUCUUCAUUUGAAGAAAAUUUGUUGAUAAAAGAAACCAUGGCAACUGCAAGAAUUGGGAAAUGCUGGGACUUUUCGUGAACUUUGACACAAUCAUUGUAGAAGGCUAUAAGACAUUUUACGGUAAAGUUAUUCGUGUUGGUUUAAAAACAACUGCAUUAGAAAUAAUGCGUGUUUGGGGGGCAGAAUGCACAUUUUUUUUAUUUCCGAAGCGUGAUUGCUAGCAAAAGCAUUAGUGCUUUUUAUCUGCAGUCUUUUUUACGAGCUUUACAAAGUUUUUAGUCAGCUUUGCUUGUCACAUUGCAAAACUUAGCUUAAGAGCAUUAAAAACGAAAACUUAAGUAGAUAGGAGCUUAUGGUCAAAAAGUGCAAAAAAAAUCCACAAAAAAAGCAAUAGAUAGAGAAAUUGUUGACAAUUUCUGUAGUCUUUCCUAGUUGUGAUCAAUUUCAGCCUAUGGAUGGCCUAUUUUAUACCAAAGAUGAGUGAGACCCUGUUAUCCUCCAGAAGAUAAAGGUUGCUUUUCUUUUCUUUUUUCCAAAGUUCUGUUUGACCUACAUGGCCGGACCAGUUCUAACUUUGUUUAAACUACCUUCCACUGAUGUUUUGCAUAUGGCAAAAAAAAUGUUGUUUUUCUAAAAAUGUAUAUUUGUUGAUAGUUUAAGUUUCCCUACCAUCUUCAGCAGUUCGGCAUGAAGAAUCUGGGUACCAACUAAUGGGACCAGGUGGCAUUAAUCCCUGUGAACUUUUCUGACUCCUGGAUGGCUCUCUUCCAUAGUAAAAUACAAACUGAAGGGUACUUCCUGAACAUGGCCUCAAAGAUUUCUGAAAGGUUACUUCUCAGAAAGUUUCAGUAAUGCUGUGUGAAGUGGGGAGGGGUCCCAUGAGUUUUCAUACAUUGAUAACAAUAGUCUUCCUUCUAAACUCCUACAUAACCUAGUUUUGCCUUCUCUUCAACAUUGUUAUUAUCCCAUCAUGAACAGACAUCUUGAUUCUGCACUUGGUGAGGGGGUAUUGUCUUUUUACCUCAUUCCAUUUAAUGCUCAUAUCUUGAUGGUGACAGGAUAGACAAUGAGGACCUUUUUUUUUUUUUGGUUUAAUUUUCGGAGGCAAGUGGGAUUAUUAAGAUUGAAGAGUCCUAUUAGUGGAAGAGAGGGAAAUUCUUAAAAUGCUGGUUGACAAUCAAUAAAUUGUAUGUUUUAUGUCAACAAGAGCCAAAAGAAUGAGGGUUAAUUAAUCAUUAAAACCAAAGGAGAUAUUUUCACACAGAAUAAAGCAAAAGUUAGCCUAAAUUUAUUAAAUUGACUUACUAAGAAAAUUCUUAAGUUUCUGAUUCAUUACAUCCAGGUUCAACCUACACAGGUUUAACUGAAAUGGAAAGAUAAUGGAACAGAAUCCUAUUCAUUGAACCAUUCUCAAUAAUUGCUUUUUGACUGAAACAUUUGAAUCAAGUAGGUGAAGCUUUUUGAACUAUGUCUUAGGAACCUGUCUGAGUCCAUAAGAAAGAGAGAGAGAGAGAGAGAGAGAGAGAGAGAGAGAGAGAGAGAGAGAGAGACAUAUUCAGACAGGAAAAGAGAGGGGUCUUUAAAGGAGUAUUAGGCAAAUCAUAGUCCCAUAGGUGAACAUUAAAACUAAGGAGUUUGACCCAGCCUAAAUGAUCAAUAGACCCUGGUUCUUUUAUUUGUAACCCCAUGGAUUAAGGACUCAAAAUUAGAGAGUAACUCCAUAUGUUGGCCAUCAAACUAGUUAUGGAGCAAUAUCCAACAAGAUGCCCACACAACACAGAGAAAUUCAGGUUUUCACAUUUAUCCUGAUGGUUUUCCACACUUUGGAGAGAAUCUAGAUUUCCACAUUCUUCAUUUGCACCUGUCAGCUUCCUGUGUAUUGCACGGGUGGACUUGAGUUUUGUCUUUGGAAAGUGAUCCCUCAAGUUACAGGGGUAUAAGAAAACUUAUGUGUGAACUAUAGUUACUGUUCCUCUUUUGCCCUCCCUAAAUUCUUUGUAUAAGUAAGGAUUAUACUGGGCAUCAUUCAUGUGAAUAUGAAACCAACAUGCUUUCUUUUUGUUUCUGUAAAAAGUACCAAAAACACGUAUUAUUGUGACAGAAAGUCUCAUUUGCAUAAUCAACAAUGAGGCUAAGAGACAGCUGCUAUGUGGCUGUUGAAGGUGCCUGGAUAACUUCCUGUUUCUACUCAAAAUUCUUGUUGUACGUAUACAUUCAGAAACAUUUCUUUCAACUAUGACAUUUCAGCCACUUUAGGCAAAAAGAAAUUACACUUGUCAUUUUACAUGUUUGUGCGUGUGUUUUGUGUUUAGGUUGUUUUUAUCCUGCCGGUCUGUAAAAUCUUUCUAGAAGAAAAACACAAGAAAAAAUGGUGCAUGUUCAAAUCGGCAUCCCUUUCUCUGUCAUUUUUACCUAAGAUUUGUUUUCAAGAGUCCAGUAUGGGAGGGAAAGAAAAAGCAAUAGAAAAGCAGCAUUACAUUGUAAGAAGAAAAACCCAAAGCACAUGUUCAGUGUCUGCAGAUGUCAUUAUCUUAAUAUAGUCAACAUUACAUACCAUGAGAAUCCUCAUCCAAUAAUCAUUUUUUUUAAGUUGAAGUAAAAUUCCAGUUCUUCAGAUAGUCAAGAUGUUUUGCUAUUGUGUUCUUUCUUUCAUUGUCAUAUCUUAGAUGACAAAUUAGGAAACCAAGUAAAGCCACAAUCCAGAACAGAUGAAUAUCAUGUCAUUUAAAUUCUGCUUAUGUGGUCAGAGGAAGAAUGGAUUUCUUUAAAAAAUGACAAGGUACAACGGGAGGCAGAGUGUAUACCGUAACUGGGAGGUCCCAGUGCAUGUAUGCAUCCAUGUUGAAGCCUGCAUGAGCUAAUGAUAACAUCUGCAGGUGCUGAAGACAGUUUGUCCUUGGGGAAGACAUAUCUUGAAUAGAGCAAGACAUAUGGUAAUUUCAAAGAAAAUCCUGUGUUGAUUCCAGUUUCUCCAGGAUUGGUUUGUUUCAUUGGUAAAUUUCGACAGUUCAAAAUACUGUCUCCAUAUAUUCUUGUGACCUUAGUACAUCUGCCACCUUUGCAAGCAUAGUAUUCAAGUCUACCCCUUUGUAAUGGAUAACUACAUGGUAUGAAAAGCAUCCUAAACUACAAUGCGUGAAAAGCAUCCUAUCAGAGAGAAAAAGCUGACAGCAGGAGGCUGGGUGGAAUAAGGACUUCACACUGUGUCACCAUGGCAGAACAUACUUCAUUGACUCCAUUACAAAACCACUUUCAGUUCACACGAAUAGUUUGAAUUAUCUGACCUAUUUUUAUACUGCCCUAACAUCCCCUUUAAUGAAAUGUGAAAUGUGAUUUAAAUAGGACCCUUGCAGUCUUCUUCAUGAUUGAGAUAGUUCAAUGGGAUGUCCACACAAAUUUUAAUGUUAACAGACGAAAAGUACUUUUGACAAUUCCAUCUUCAGUUGUGUGUAUGAGCAACUGCAGACAAGCUGAUAACACUUAAGUGAGUUUCAGUGAAAAAUACUUUAUAUGAUUUUAAUCAGAUGAAAGGUCAGAAUUGAGAAUCACAUAAUGGCAUAUGCACAUUGAAUAAUCACACAGAAUAACAUAAUAUGAAUGUGUCACACAAUCUGGAUCUACUGUAUUUUCACCACAGUUGUGGGGGUAGAGGAUGAGGUUUUGUUUUAUGUGCUAUAGGGGCUGGCGUUCUAAAAGGUUGUGAGCCUCUGUCCUACCCCAAGGCUAGCAGAAACAGCAGGCUUACUGAUCUGUACCCUUCUCAUAGCAAAGGCUUAAUGGACUUUCAUUCAUGAAUCAAUUCAUUUUAUAAAUCUGGCGUAAAAUUUAUAAUCUGGUUAUAAAAUUUAUAAAUGUUUGAGUGUGACUCAGGUUUAAGAUUUCUUAAGUAUGAAAUUGUUCCCUUAAUCCAAAUGCUCUUGGUCUUGACCAUCCUUUGUGAUUACAUGGAGUUCAGGAAAGUGCAAAGAUGAAAUACUAAGUCCCCAGGAGACCCCUUGAUUCUCAAGAGUGGAGUUCAGCCUAGAUUAAUGACUAGUGCUAUCUUUGGGCUAAUGCUCCAACAAGCAAACAUGGCCAUUGUCACAGAAGGGUUGAAUGUCCUCUUAGCAUUCCCAGCUAAAUGGUUCUGGACAGGACAAUGACAUACUAAGUAAAGUUCCUCUCACUGGAGAAACCACAGAGCUGAACAGAGGCAGGAGAAAGUUUGGAAUGCAGAGAGAACUUUCUGUUUUCCCUCUCAACAUUGAUUUAUUGAGAGAGUAUGCCACAAAUUCUGAUAAUCCAUAUUAUCCUUUUCUCAUUCAUGCAAAUAAUUGAGAGUUGGCUGCUUUCUUGCAAAAUAAAAGGGAAAAAUGCUAGCUAACAGAGAAUUUCGCUUUCAUCAAAAGAAAGCUAUUUUGGUUUCAUUCACUUUAUAGAAACGUAAAUCAGGAGGAAAAAUCAACACUAUUUCUAUUAGGAGAAAAUAACAGUAGUUUUUGGCUACAUGUGCAUUUCCAUCCCUAUCUUAAAUCUUUUAAGUACAAGAAAUGCAAAUUAUUUUUGUUCCCAUUUGAUUCUAUAUUAAGAUUGAAUGACACUGAUAUUCCAGGAGAUAAUUUAUGUUCACAGUUAAACUAAGUUCAAAGUGUAAUGUUAGUGUUAUACUUUGGACUGUAAACCCUCUGGUUCUAGGUUAUUAAGAAAGACGCUCUGUCCUCCUUCCCAAAAUGUGUUAUGUCCUCACAUGUACAAAGGAGUUACUCCAUUCUCUUCAAGAAUGGUAAAAAUUAUUUCAAAGAGAUAUUGGAUGUCUGAAAUUGUUUUUUUCUCCAUUCUCGAAACAAAUGCUUCCAAUUAGUUAAUAAGAAUACAAUUGGAAUCAAUUUUAAGACUCUGCGGGAAAGUACUACAGUUUCUAAGAAAAAUGCAACACAGCUCCCUCUUUUAAAAACCUUGUUUUAGGCCCUUCAGUUCAACAUCAUGGACCUUCUGAAACAUCAAUUUGAGAUUUUAUUUAAGAGAAUUUUUGUAUUGCUGUCUCUGGCUGUCAUGGAAAGUUCUGUAAUUCUAUGUUGUUUCUGAUUUUAUUUUUAAUUUUUUUCAUCUGUACUAUGGUCAAGUUAGAUACCGUUUCCCCUAUCCCUUGGGCUCUCUGUAGAUCAGUGGAUAUUAGGUUUAAAUUUCUGUUUUCUUUAACGAAGCUUUCAAUAAAAAAUGAAAAUAAAUGAA